AUGACUAUGGUUCAAUACCAUACUUCAUACCUAAAUCCCUUUGUAGUAAAAAACUAUCAACCUUCCUAAACAAAUUACAACUAAUCUUAAUUUCAAGAUAAUCCACUCUCACAAAGUCACAGAUACCCUCAUAAGGAAAAUCUUCUUUAGAAUAGAAGAGGAAGUAAAACAUACAGCCAAUCGCAAAAGAAGAAUGAUUAAGAGCAAUUAUCAAAUUCGCCUGAAUAAAAUUUGAAAUUAAAUACUCUUAGAGGAUUUUCAUAGAACAAUAAAGAAGAAGGUUAUAGACUACCAACAAAACCAGAAAAAAAGAUAUAAAUACAAGAUCAAAAUGAAAAUUUACCAUCUAUAAAUUUGAGUCAAAAAACACCUACCCAACUGAAAAGAAAAAUAUCAUUUACUAAAACCUAGCUUGCAAAUAUUAGCAUGGACUCCAAGGCUUUUGAAGAGCUUUAAAAAAUAAAGCAAAAUGCUGUGGAUGAAGCUAAUUUAAGAUGUUUGGUAAAUUUUAUAAAUAAAAUUAAUACAACCUAAAUUGUUAUUUAAAUAGAAAAAGGGCAUAUGGAACAACGUAAAAUUAAAUAUUUAAUUAAUUUAAGAUUAAAUAAAUAUUUUAUAAAAAUUAGUGGGAUAAUGUAAAUUAAUUACAAAUUUAAUCUAUUAAGAUGA